UAAAUACAGAUAAUAUUAAAAUAAAAAUUUCUGACAACGAAAAGAAAACAACAUUAACAAUUAAAGAAGUAACUCAUGAUGAUGAUGCAAUAUAUGUUUGUAAAGCAACGAGUGAUAUUGGAUUAGCUACAACUAAAGCUAAAUUACAUGUAACAGAUACACUGGAAAUAUCUACAUCGAAAAGUGAAACUAGAACUGAAAAACAAAUUUCAGAUAUAAUACAGAAACCACAUAGAAAGAAGAAACCAGAAUUGAAAAAAUCAAAAGAAAUUAAGGAAAAAAUAAAAUCAGAACGAGUUAAAAUUGACAAGAAAAUUGUUACUGAAGAAAAAGCUGUAUCAUCGGAACAACCAGAAGAAAAGAAAAUCAUAGACAGCCGAGAAACUCAAAUACUAGAUAACAUUGAUUCAUUUGAUGAAAAACCUCGAAAGUUAUCACAAGCAAUGAAGAUUAUACCAAUACAAGAAUCACUACUUAUAGAAGUAACGCCAAGUAUGAAAAAAAUGGAUGAAAAGCAACGCGAUACAUUCUCAAAACAAGAUGAAAUUGCAGAAAAAGUAAUUGAUGAACAACAAGGUAUUAUUAUAUCAGAAAUUAUAUCUGAAGACACAACAUCAGACUUUGUAGUUGAAACAAAUCAAGCACAAGUUAUACCUGAAACUUUUGAAACAAUUGCAGUAUCUGAAAUUUACACAGAAAGUAAUAUUCGUGAAAUAAAGAAAAAAAAGAAAAAACCUGAAAAAAGUAAAAUAACUAUUAAGAAUGAGAUAAGCGAAGCAACAGCUGAAAAAAUUAUGGAAACCCAAAAGCAAAAUAUUGCGCAACAAGUAGAAGAAAUUAUGGAAGUAUUAAAUGCUCCAGAGUUCGGACCUGGGGAACAACCUCUUCGAGAAUUAGCUACAAUUGGAUAUUUGAUUCAACAAGGUGUUACCGUUAAUGAAAUAAAUGAAAUAUUAUACAGAACCGAUAAGUUUCCGACGCUUAAAACUCCUGAUGCGCAAAAUGCUUUGGUUCAGCUUGUCGAGAGGAAAGGUUAUGGGCCAAUAAUAAGUCAGGUUCUUACAGAAGAAACUACAACGGACGAAAGCAUUGUCGCUGCAACUAUUGGCUUUAGAGCACUUAUGAAAAUGGUAGAAUUACAACAUGCAACUGUUGAAGAAGUAAUUACAAAUUUUACACCUGAAGAUUUUCGACCCCGAGCAUGGGAAGUUACAGAAGUAACCGAGCAAAUUGAGAGUGAACAAACUGCAACAGAAAGAGUUGAAAUUAUUGAACAAACCGAAGUCCAUCUAAUGGAAAGGAAAGAUGAUAAAACAAUUGUGCAAUCGCAGGAUGUUCAAGAAAAUAAAGAAUACGAGGACACUCGGCAAGCACACAUCACAUUGCGCAAACGAAAAGAUUCUAUAAUAGAAGAACAAACUCAAGUCGAUGAUACACUUCAAAAUAGGGAAGAGGGGGUUGAGAUUACAAUAGUUGAAGAUUUAACAACUAUAAAAAUAAAAAAAGAUAAAAAGAAUACCCCAAAAGAGCAAAUAGAAGAUGAAACGGUAGAAACAGACGACUAUAAACAAACAUUGGAGACAAAAAGACUAUUAAAAACACAGAGAUCUAAAGUGAGACACGAAGAUUUACCUUUCGAAGAAAUUGAGGAUUUAGAAAUUACACAAGAUUUGAAAGUAUCUUCUCUAUUAAUAAAUAUAGCAAGUCAGCAAAAUGAAGCUACUUCAACCAAUAGUGCAGUUGACCAAGCACCAAUUAAACCUAUCAAUGAAAAAGCAAAGAUUAAUUUAGAUUCUUCUAUCGCCUUAACUGAAGAAUAUUAUGAAAUUCAAGAAAAAGAAAUCGAUCGAGUCGUUACACAAAAACCAGAAAGUAGAAAGGCUUCACUUACAAUUACAGCUACCCAAUCAUAUUCAACUUCAGAAAUAAUAACGCAAAAUGAAACGGAACUAUUUUCUGAUAUUUUUGAACCUCAUCCAGUGAAAGCAGCUUCAACAAUUCUAUCAACUGAAGGAAUAAUAGUAAAUGAAGUUCAUACUACUGAAGCAAAACCAAUAAAUAUAGAUCACAAAAAUGAUGAUGUAAUUAAUGAAAUAGAAAUGACUUUAUCAUUGCAAGAAGCAAAAAUAAUAAGUGAGACAAUUACUAACGAACAAGAGGUAUCGACAGAAAAUUAUAAUAUACCAAAUACGGUACAAGCAGAAAAAUCAGUGAUUCCUCAACAAAGCAUUACAAUUUUGGAAAUUCAAGAAGAUUAUAAAGAAGGAAGUUUUGAAAAGAUGAAAAUUAUAAAAAGCAAUCCUAAAAUCCUACUUAAUAAAAUUGAAUCAAUUCAAAUAGAAGAAGUUUAUUCAGAAGAUAAACCAAGUAAAUAUUAUCCAGAGUUGAUUGUUCCCACAGAAGCAGCAUUAACUUCAAUAGUCGAACAAAAACAACGAUUUACAGAAGAAAGGCUUGUAUCAGAAAAAGAAGGAGAAUAUGUACCUCACAAAUUACCAAUAUCACAAAUUGCUGAUAUAGAAUUUUCAUCUGCUAAAGAAGCCGUUAUAAUUUAUGAACAAUCUAUACAAGAAUCUGAAAAUAUUUAUUAUCCUGAUGCUAAAGUUAGUACUUAUGAAGCAACACCAAAUGUAAAUCUAUUCGAAAGUAUUAAUGUUUUGAGUGUUAAUCCACAACAAGAGGAAUCCAAAUUAACAUUUGAAGAUAUAAAACUAUGCGAGAAAAUAGCUCUUGUUGAGUUAACAGAAGCUAGACCCGGGGCGACAACAUUAGAAAUAAUAACAAAUGAUAAAGAACAACUUAACAAUAUUGAAGAAAUCAAACCUCAGGAUGCAGUAAUCAAAUUAAAUGUUUCAGCCCAUCCAAUUGCUAUUCAGUCAGAAAUACUUGCAGUAGAAAAUAUAAAAGAUGUACAUAGUGAUAAAGUAGUUACCGGUAUAGCGUUACCACGUCGAGAAAUACAUGGGGAACUAGUAGUUACAGAAGUAAAUAUAGCUGAAACGGAAAAACUGCAAGAAGAAUAUAUAUAUCCUAAAACACAAUAUGCUCAUAUGGGGUAUAUAACUUCAGAAAAUUUAACCAUUAAUGAGCUUAAUACAGUGCUUUCUAAGGAGGAAGAUUAUAAAACAAAGAACUUACCAACCAAACAAAAAGUCGUCCCUGAUAUUAUAAAAGGACAUAAAGUACCAGAAAUGGAGGAAACAUUUAUUUCAAAUAGUACAGACAUACUAAAAGCAGAAGCAAUAAAUCCUGAAAUAGCUAAUCUAAAACAAAGUAGUCUAGAAAUUGCGCAAACAACCGAAAUAAUCCAUUCGGAGUUAGAAGCACCAUUGCCUUUAAAUGUUGAAUCUGAACAGAAAACAAGCGGUAUAUCUUUUGUAGAAGAAACAAGUGUUGAAAUUAUAAUAACAAAUAUAGAAGAUAAAGAAGGGUCUUUACCUGAAAAAAAUAAACCUCUCGCUUUUGAAGCCACAAUUAAUUACAAUGCACAAAAAGCUGCUUCAACUUUAGAAAUCAUUAGUAACAAUAGCUUAGGAGAUCUAUCAAAAGACAUUACUAUCGAUAUACAUCCAAAAACUUCAUUACUACCCUAUCAACCAACUCAAAUUGAAGAAAUACAAGUUCAAGAAAGUGAAAUACCAUUUCCUGAUAUUGUUCUGCCAAAUAGAACAGCUGAUGUUUCAUUCAGCAUUGACGAAUCACUCACAAUUACUACAAUCACUGCAUCCGAAAAAGAAAGUGAUAUAGAAACUCCUGAAAUAAUAGCAAAAAAAAAUGCUUCUACAAAUUUUACAGCUCAUCCAGUUGCGCAAGCAAAUGAAAUUAUUCCAAACAAUAAUAUUGACUAUCUCAAAUCAAAAGAAAUUCCUAUAACAUCUGCUAAAAUGGAUCAUGUAUUACUUAAUAGUAUAAUUACAUCAGAAGUGUCUCCAGCUAAUACUGAAUUAUCAUUUCUAAAUAUUAUUUCUUGUGAUAAACAACAAUCGACUGUCGUUUUUGAAGAGGAGAAAAGCCUACAAAUUUUAGAAACAAAUGUGUCAGAAAAAGAACAAAAAUUUGUGAAAGAACAAGACAUAAAUUUACAAACAGCUGAAUUUAGUUUCGAUAGUCAUAAAAUAGCAGAAUCAAUAGAAAUAACGCCAGAAAUUAUACCAGAACAUUUCAUUAAUGAGCUCCCAGGUUCGGUAUUCGCAAAAGAACAACACACUUUAUUUGAAACUGUUAUUCAGGAAGAAACCAUUCCAUCAUGUAAAGAGAAACUAUUUACCGAUAAGCCUAUAAUCUCAAACAAAGCUAAUAUAGAAAUAGAAGAAAGUAUUGGAAUAUCAUCCAUUACUGAAAUUAUUCCUCACAAUAAAGAGGAAAAUUUAAAAGAUUCUGAGAGACCAAAUACAACAUUAGUUCAAGUUAGUUUCAAUGGUCAUAGAGUUGCUGAAAAUAUAGAAUUGAAUACAUAUAUAUCAUCAGAAAUAAUAGAACCUCAAAAGCCAUCUUUAGCUUCUGCAUUUAAAAGAACAAUUCCUUUAGAAGGUUUAAUAACCGAAGAAAUUCAAAUUAAUGAAACUGAAGAAUUACUAAAGGACAAUAAAACCCCAAUAAAAGAUACUGCAAAUACUGAAAUUAUUGCACAAAAAGGCUUAAUUGUAUCAUCAAUUACAUUGGAAGAUCAAGAGUAUCCACUUAAUGUAAAACCAAUACCAGAUUUAAAAGUAGCUAACAAACUAUUGACUAGUGAAUAUUUACUUCCAGAAACUACAGAGCAUAUAGUGAAUCAAAGUUCGUGUAAAUUUAAAAAUGAAGAAAGAACAGUUACCCAAAAUGCCUCGAGUGAUGUUGGAAAUGUUCUAAUUUCACUACAAACAUCAAUAAUCGAAUCACAAAUAGAUGUUUCUGAAACACAAACAACUAAAUUGGAGAUUGCAAGAAAUGCAGAAAUUAAACAAGAUAUUCAGGAAGGUUUGAUUAUAACAGAAAACGUACCUGCAGAAAUGGAACAAAUACUAGAUAAAGUCGAAAAAUCUAUUACACAUCAAGCAAAUAUAGAUAUAAAAAAUGUUCAAUCUCUUGAAAUUUCAGAAAUUACAGCACAAGACAAGGAAGAAACAUUCUUCCCUAAAAAAUCAGACGAAUAUAGUGGAGUUACCAAUUUUAUUGAACAUAUUCCUCUAUCAGUAUCUGAAGUACUAUCAAAUGAAAUUGAAGUAACUUUACCUAACAUAGAAAAACCAAUGCAACAAACAGCUACGGAUAAAUUAUUAUUAACUAGUAAAGAAAUAGCGGAAACUACUGAAAUAUUAACAUCUAUACAAACCGAUAUUUUCGAAAGUGAUAAAUUCCCUCCCAAACAAUCUAUUCAAGCUACGUCUAGCAAAUUAUCAGCUAUACUUGUAUCUGAAAUAGUAGCUGAUGAAAUUCAAAGAAACCUGAAAUGCGAAGAUUACCCCGAUAAAAAAAUAGCAGUAUUAAAUUUAACAAGUCAAGAAAUGUUACAAACAACAGAAGUCACGGCAAUGUCUUCACUAGAUACAUUAAAGAUGGACAAAAUACCACUUGAAGAAACAAGUACUGAAAAUAUUGAGGAAACAUUUUCUCUUGAAAUUUCUCAGGCAAUAUCGAAUGAAAAAGAAUCUGAUUUUAUAAAUUCAGCAAUUCCUAUCCAACAAACAGCUCGGUCAACAUUAUUGGGAAGAGAAGUCGCAGAGAUUUCUGAAAUAAUGCCAGUAAUGACUGUAGAGAAAGUAUUAAAAGUAGAUAUAUUGCCAGAAGCUAUAGGAAAAGUGAAAUUAGAUACUUUACAACCUUUAGAAAUAUCUGAGAUUAUGUCUAAUGAAUUAGAACAACCGUUAUCCAGUAGUAUUACUCCUGAUACUAAAGCAGCACAAGUUAAUAUCUCAGGAAGAGAAAUAGCCGAAACAACUGAAAUAUCUCCAAAUAUUACUACUGAUAAAUUGUUAAAUUUUGAAAUUCCAAGCCAUUAUAUUCAAAAGAUAUCUAUUGAUACUCUAAACGCAGCUAUAACAACACAAACAAAUUCUAAUGAUUUAGAAGAAAGUAUAUCAACUAUAACUUCAUCUGACAUUACCGCAAUAGAAACAAGUUUCAUUAUUAGUAAUUCAAUUCAAACUCUUGAAAUUACAACUGGUAAUAGUUUAGAGGAAUUGCAUCAAAAUAUAAUUCCAGAAGAAAAGAAAGGAAUACAAGGAUUGAAUACAAUGCUACCCUUAACAGUUUCCCAAGUUAUUUCAAAUGAGUCAGAAAAUAUAUUAAAUGCAUCGGAAAUUCCAAAAUCUAAAAUGGCUAAUCCAAAUUUAGAGGGAAGAGAAAUAGUUGAAAGUUUCGAAACUGUAACUUUGAAUAGUACAACAGAUUUUGAAAAGCCAGUAUUGCCUGACAGAAUCAAAGGUAAAGAAUAUAUCGAAAGUUUAUCCCUCGCUGUAAAUAUGGAAUCCAUUUGCAAUGAAAGUGAAAUGAAUAUAUCUGCUACAGAACAACCCAGUGAGAAAAAUGCAACCAGUGAAAUAUAUGGCCAUGAGGUCGUUGAAAUAUUUGAAACAAUUCCUUUACAUAAUUUCAAUCAAAUUCAGCCAAAAUUAGCUGAAGAGCAAACAAGUGUGCCACAAAUAGAUACAUUAAAUACAGCACUUAUUUCUGAAACAAUUUAUAAUGAAUUAGAAGACGACUUAAAAGAAACGAGAAUACCAAAAUCUUCAAUCGCACAUUCACAAUUAUUAGGAAUUGAAACCACUGAAAUAACUGAAGUUGUAACAGCGUCUGGUGUAGACAAAUUAAAAGAAUAUAAUACACCAAUUUCACAAGAAGCCUUAUUAGAUCUCGGGGAAAUUACGCCAAUAUGUAUAAGUGAAGUCGUUCCUAAUGAACUAGAAUCUGUAAUAUCAAUCGAUAAAAUAGCUACAGCUUCGGCUACUGAAAUAUUAAAAAGACAAGAAGUAUUAGAAACAACUGAAGUAAUAGCUGUUACAAAUGUUCAAGAACUACCAGACGCAGUAGUCCCCGAAACACAAAUUUCUGAAGAAAAGCCUGAUAUACGUUCACCAUUAAUGACUUUAGAAAUUCAAGUUAAUGAAAACAGCAAAGCAAUGAAAAUGAAUAAAAUUCCAGAAGAAAUAAGUGCUGACGUAAAUGUUACAACAAAUGAUGUGGCACAAUGUUUUGAAGUAGUGCCAAUGACACAUAUUCAAGAUUAUAAAUUAUCUGAAAUAUUAGAAAAACAACAUGGUACACCGAAAUUAGAUACAUUAAGUCAUCUAUAUGUUUCGCAAAUGAUACCAACCGAUACUGAAAUAAAUAUUCUUAAUAAAAAUUUACCAAAUGAAAAAUUUGCUAAUUCAAGUAUAGUAAGUCAGGAAAUUCCUGAAAUUUCUGAAAUUAUUGCUUUAACAAAUACUGAAGAUUUAAAAGGCGAUCUACCAGAUAAACAACAAGGUACGCAACAAAUUGAUACACACACAUCAUUAAUAAUAUGCGCAACAACAGUUAAUGAACAAGAAAAAUAUUUGCAAAGUACAGAAAUCCCUAAACAAGAGUCAGCUAAUAUCAAUUUGGGUAAUUAUACAUCUAAACAAGUAAUGGAAGUAAUAACAUCAACUGAUACUGAAGAUUUAUCAAUAUCUAAGUUAUCUGAAAUUCAACUAAUUGAUACAAGUAUACAAGAAUUAUUACCUAUAACUAUUUCAGAAACAUUAUUAAACGAAAAAGAAAAACUAUUGCCAGAUUCAAAGCCUCUACAUAAAAGAAUAGUUGAUAUUAAUUUUGAAGGGCAGCAGGUAGCUGAAACCACACAUAUAACAACUGAAUCAAGUACUAAAUUACUUCCUGAAAAUGAAAUUCCUGAACAACAGAAGGCAACACAAAACUUAAAUUUAUUGCAGCCAUUGACACAGACAGAAACAUUAAUAAAUCAAGAAGAAAUAUCAUUAAAAGAUGUUGAAAUACCAUCACAAAAAAUUGCUUCGGUUAGUAUACGAGGUGAUGAAAUUGCAGAGAUCACUGAAAUUGUACCAGUUUCAAAUGUUGAAGUAUUGACUGAAUCUUUAAUUAAAAAAUCAGAAAUAGAAAAAAUAGAAGAAAGUACUGUACAAAAACCUUUAAAAAGUACAUCAGUAAUUGAAAUAACAUGCGCUGAAAAGGAAAAAUCAAUAAAUAUAGAAAAAAUAGAUAAAGUAUAUCAUGCUGAUAUUACAUUAGAUGGACAAAGAGCAGUACAAAUAUUAGAAACAAUACCAUCAAUAUCUACAAAAAUGAUUAAAAGUGAAGCAUUACCAGAGUGUAAUAUUGAAUUUGAUCAAAUUCCAUUCGAAAGCAUUCAAACUGAUCAAAUCAUUAUACAAGAAAGUGAAAAAUAUUUCGAUAUUGAAAGUCCGUCAUCUACCGCACAAGCUCAAAUUACAUAUAAAACCAGUGAAGGAUUUGAAACAUCAGAAAUUUUUGAAACCCAAGAUAAACCUGCUGAAAUUAAAACGACACUUGACAAACAAGUAACAGCUGGAAUUGAAAUCACAAAGACACAUGUAGCAGUUAAUACAAAUACACUAUCAGAAUCAUCAAUCACAGAGUUUACGCUUAAUCAACCUACAAGUAAAACUGCAAAAAAUAUUAAAGACAUACAACACAGCAUUACAGUAUCAGAACAUAAUGCAGGAGAAAUUGAAACAAACAUUUCCGAAUACCCCUUACCAUUCCCAAAGAAAGCUGAAAUUAUAUUAGAAGUGGAUCGUUUUAAGCUUGCUGAAACAACAGAAGCAUCAGUGCAACAACACAAAAUCACUAAAACACAAAUCAAACAAAAACAUCCAAUGAAACAACAAUUCAGUACAGAAUCUGACUCAGAAAUAACAGAAGAAUACACAACUAAGUUUAGAAGAGGUAGUAAUGAAGAUAACACAGCAAUUAAAACUAAGAAAACCAUCAUAAAAAAGAAAAAAACAAAUAACGAGGGAGUGAUCAUCAUAGAAGAGGAAAUAGACAAUGUAAAAUCGACAUUGCCAUCAAUACCAAAAAAACAAUUCAUGCAAAUUGAAGAAGUAACAGGAAUUUCAGAUAUUGAAGAAAUUACUCCAACAAUAAUUCAAGAGAAAGAAGAUACAUCUGAAAAUGAAUAUGAAACCCGAGCAAAAUCGACAGAAACAGAAAAACUAAUUAUAACAGAAGAAGUAACAUCAAAAACACAUUCACCAAAAAUAAAAGUAAAUAGUAAAGAAACAACGAAAAAUCGAGUCAUUGAACGCAAAGGCCCGAAACAAACUGUAACUGAAAUAGUUACUGUCGAGGAAGAAGGAAAAACUCCUGUUAUCAUUGAAAAAGUAUUACCUGAAGAAGAAAUUGUUACAGAGGAAACUACCAAGCCGCUGACAGACACAGAAUCGGUUAAACCAGAAGAAAUUGAAAAAGUAACCGAAACAGUUUCAGUUAAGGAGGAGGUAACCCCACCGGGUAAAGAUAAAAAGACAACCAAAAAGAGAAUUAUAAAGCGGAAAGGUAGGAAACAAUCUGUAACGGAAAUUGUUACAGUGGAAGAGGAAGGAAAAGCUCCAAAGACAACAAUUCUCGAACAACCGGAGGAGGAAGUAAUCUCUGACGAAACUAUCGAAGUUUUCCCGGCAAUCAAAUAUGAAAAACCAUUAGAAAGCGUGGAAACGCGCGAACAAGUAACAGUUACAGAGGAAAUUACACACGAAGGAAAGCCGAAGAAAACGACGAAAAAACGUGUCAUUAAACGUAGAGGAUCUAAGCAAACUGUUUCUGAAACGGUUACUGUCGAGGAAGAGGGAAAAACUCCUGUUAUCAUUGAAAAAGUAUUACCUGAAGAAGAAAUUGUUACAGAGGAAACUACCAAUAUACCUGAAGAAGAGAUUGUUUCAGCGGAAAUUAUUACACCAAUUACAGUUGGAGAAAUUCCGAAAACAUUUGAUGUUCAAAAUGUGGCGGAUGGAAGAAUUCAGGAAUACGACAGUACAAAGGUCAAAAAGCCAAGGACAUCAAAGAAGAAGUCUAGUACUGAAGCGUCUAUUAAUCCUGACUAUAUCCCUGCCGUAUUAGAUUGUUUACCCGCAAAUACACAUCGUAUUCCUAAAUCACAGAAAGGACAACUUGAUCAGCCUUCGAGAAUGGCUGAUUUAAAACCUAUCAAAAUUGAACGGAAAAGUGUAUUGCCAACAAAAGUUACAAUUACACAACCUUCAGAUUUACCACAAUUUCCGGGAUUAAAACUAAAAAAAGUAGUUGUUCCAAAACGAAGAGAAUCUAAGUCUAUUAAAAUUCCAAAAAUAAGGUUAAAGAGUAGAAUAGUUUUUAUAUCAGACUGGCCAACACCACUACAAAUACCAAUAUUAACGAUAUUAGAAGAAAAUCCCCUUCAAAGUGGUAUUCUAUCGAGAAAUAUAGAUGAAGCGGAAAAAAUUUUAAAGAAGAAAUAUAAGAAGAAAAAGUUACCGGGUAAAGAUAUCAUUGACCUAGAAGAACUGGAUAAAGAAUUUGAUGAUUUGAAAAAGAAACCUCUGGAGAAGGUAGAUGAUUUAAUGCCUUACGAGAAACGAAAAAAGACGCCGAAAGAUCAACCAUCGGAAGAGGAUAAGAAAUUAAAAUUAGGUAAAGGUAAAAUCCCUAAAGAUGACAGUGUACCAGAAGAUAUACAUUUAAAGAAAGUCCCCGAGAAGAAAGAGAUAUCUGUUGACAAGAAGGAGAAAAAACCAAAAUUAAUAGAUGAACCGAUGGAUGUCGAUAAAGAAAAAGAAGAUAAACCAGAGACUACUAUACAACCAUUAGACUUUAAACCGAGUGAUGUUGAUAACGUGGAUCUUGAAAAAUAUGAACCGGAAGAGAAAGAAAAACCAACGGAUGAAUCGCCUGAACGACCUCGAGAAAAGUACAAACGCCCCGACAAAAAGAAAAAAGAUCAGGAAAUCGAUCAUAUUCCAAUAUUGAAGGGUGAACCGAAGCCCAAAAAAUUAGAAGAUGAUACCGACGUUAAAUUUAGAGUUCCAGUACAAGAUAAACCUGAUGAAAUUCCUGAAGAAAUUUUGUUAAAACCUUGGACUAAAGAAAAGCCUAAGGAUGAAGAUAAUACGGAUAUAGAUACAAAUAUGCAACUAAAACCAUUUGAACCGAUACACCAUGGAGAGAAAGAUGAAACUAAAAAAUCGCUGAAAAAGAAGAGAAAACCAGUGAUUAAAAAAUCGUCUAUCGAUGAAACACCUGAUACUCAAAAAGGCGAGUAUAUGGAAUCAUUAAAUGCAAACACCUCCAUACCGCUACCUAAUGAAUAUGAAAUACCUGAAAGUUGUGAAAAGGUAAUAGAUCAAAUUACAGCUAUCCAAAAUAUAAGCCCAGAUGGUGAAAAUGUUAUAACGACAAAAAGGAAAGUGACAAAACAGAAAGGUAAAAAGCAGAUUGUUACAGAAACUGUUACUAUCGAAGAACAGGGAAAAUCUCCCAUAUCCAUAGUAGAAAAAUAUCCUGAAGAACUUAUUACCUAUGAAACAUAUCCACUACUGAAUAUUAAACAUAAAGUACCUAAGCUUAUAGAAGAAAUAACAGAAAUAGUAACAGUUAUAGAAGAACUAUCGCCUGAAGGCAAAAAGAAAAAAACGACUAAGAAAAGAGUUACUAAACGCAAAGGAAACAAACAGUCUAUAAUAAACGAAGUAGUAACUGUUGAAGAAGAAGGAAUAACUCCAUUAAUCAUAGGUAAUAUACCUCAGGAAGAGACUAUAAUUUCAGAAACUACUACUUUAAUUCCAGCAAUACCGUAUGAAAGACCUGAUGUUACGACGGAAUUAGUAGAACAAAUCACAGUCAUAAACGAACAACCAGUGAUUGAAACCGUUAAAAUUGAAGAAGUAGGAAAACAGCCUAUUAUAUUCAUUAAUGAAGUUCCACAAGUUGAUAUAGAUUUUGACGAAGAAACUGGCUUACUAGCAGAAGUAGAAAAUGAUAAACCUAUUGAGAAGGAAAAAGUAACAGAACAAAUAACUGUUGCUCAAGAAAUAACACCUGAAGAUAAUCACGAUUGA